AUGGAUGGGAACCCCUCAGUCUCGGGCUCCCAUGGGAUUCUGGUACCUGGGGAUCUUCUAAUAGGAGCAGUGAUUCCCAUUCACAGUGAUGGUGUCUUCCCCUUGGUCACCUUUAAAGAGAAGCCAACCCCAGAUACUUGCAAAGUGUUCCGCCUUCGAUUCUAUCAGCCGUUCCAGGCCAUCAGAUUUGCGGUGGAAGAGAUCAACAGAAACCCUGACCUCCUACCCAACAGUACCCUGGGUUUCUAUGUCUAUGACUCCUGUGUUGUUCUCCAAAGGGAGUUGGUGGGAACACUCUGGAUGAUAACUGGUCUAGACCGAGUGAUACCAAAUUACUGCUGCCGGGAACAUCCUCCUCUUACUGCCGUCAUUGGCCACUCAAAGUCUAGCCACUCCAUCCUCAUGGCUCAUAUUCUAGGGCUGUGUAAAUUCCCACAGAUCAGCCACUAUUCUACCAGCUCUCUCUUGAGUGACAAGAGACAGUUCCCUUCCUUCUUUAGAACCGUCCCGAGUGAUGACUUUCAGUCCAGGGGACUGGCCCAGAUGGUUUUGCAUUUUAAAUGGAAAUGGGUGGGGCUUAUAGCCUCUAAUGACGAUUAUGGCACCAAAGCGAUAGAGGUCAUCAGACAGGAGGUCGUGAAAGAAGGAGCUUGUGUGGCCUACACCGUGUAUAUUUCAGACAACCUACUUAAUCAAAAUCUACCAAACAUUGUUAAAACCAUAAAGAAUUCAAGUGCCAAUGUCCUAGUAGUCUUCUCAGUUGACUUCUACUUAUUUCCCCUUCUGGUUGAGAUGCUGAAACAAAAUGUAACUGGAAAAACGUUGGUUGCCAGCGAGGGUUGGUCCAUUUCAGAAAUCUUAGCUGUGGAAAAAUAUUCUUCCUUACUUUUUGGAACUAUAGGUUUUGCUUUCUACAGCUCCAACAUCCCAGGGUUUCAGGAGUUCCUCAACUCCAUCAACACCCACAAUACACCAGGGAUACUUUGGACACAAAAGUUAUGGGAAGAAGCCUUUGGCUGCACCUUUAUAAACCAGAGCAACCUUACUGAUGCUCUGAAAAAUGUUAAAAAACAAUGUACAGGAGAGGAAAAUCUAAAUUCUGUGCAGAACAGCUAUAAUGAUGUGUCCAGAUUAACAGCCUCCUACAAUAUCUAUACUGCGGUGUAUGUGAUAGCAACAGCUCUGCAUGACCUGAGCCAACGUCAAGCCCUGGAUGGACCAUUGGUUGGAGAUAAUUUUUCAGAUAUAGGACAUUUCAAACCAUGGCAGCUAUUGGGUUAUUUUAAGAAUGUCCGGGUGAAACUAAGCAACAAUCGGGAAGUAUUUUUUGAUAAGGAUGGAAACCCACCGGCUGUUUAUGAUAUAGUCAACUGGCAGCUGGGAUUGGAUGGAACCAUCAAGCAAAUGAAAGUGGGAAGCUACGACACUUUGAAUCCUUCUGGGGACAUUUUCAGCAUCAACAAAAAGUUAAUUUGGUGGCCUACAGGGAAUCAGGAGAUUCCGUUAUCCGAGUGCAGUCAGAGUUGCCCGGUAGGGUUUAAAAAGGCAGUAAUAGAAGGAGCGCCAGUGUGCUGCUUUCAUUGUGUUCCCUGCGCCCAAGGAGAGGUCUCCAAUCAGACGGAUGCCAUUGAGUGCUGGAAGUGCCCCUGGGACAUGUGGCCCAACAGUAAAAGAGACAGAUGUUUUCGAAAACCCAUUGAGUUCCUUUCCUAUGAGGAUUACUUGGGCAUCACCCUGGCAACAAUCAGUACUUUCUCCUCUAUGGUCCCAAUUUUUAUCUUUCGACUUUUCAUUCAUUAUAAAUCCACCCCAACUGUGAGAGCCAACAACUAUUCAGUGAGUUGUAUUCUCUUAGUAUCUCUGUCUUUCUGCUUCCUCUGUGCUUUGGCUUUCAUUGGUUACCCCCAACCUGAGAAGUGCCUUCUGCGCCAGGCGGCAUUUGGCCUUGUCUUUACCCUCUGUGUAUCCUGCAUUUUGGCCAAAACUGUUAUUGUUGUUUUUGCCUUCAUGGCCACUAAACCCGGGAGCAGCCUCAAAAAAUGGACAACUCCCCGUGUGCCCUACAUGAUCAUUACCAUCUGCACCUUCAUACAACUCACUUUGUGCAUUUUCUGGCUCUCUAUCUCCCCUCCUUUCCCACAAUACAAUAUUGAAGCCAAACCAGGGAUCAUUGUUGUAGAGUGCAAUGAAAACUCUCAGUUUGCUUUCUGGUGCAUGCUGGGAUAUCUUGGCCUCUUGGCCUCCAUCAGUUUCAUUGUUGCAUUCCUGGCCAGACGCCUCCCUGACAGUUUCAAUGAAGCCAAAUUGAUCACAUUCAGUAUGUUGGCCUUCCUCAGUGUGUGGGUGUACUUUAUCCCAGCCUCUCUCAGUGCCCAGGGCAAAUAUACUGUUGCCAUGGAGAUCUUUGCAAUUCUGACUUCGAGCUGGGCUCUCAUGUUCUGCAUAUUCCUCCCCAAAUGUUUCAUUAUAUUGUUUAGACCCAACAUGAACUCCAGGGAAAACAUCCUGGCAGAGUAUGGGCAGGGUAAAGACAACCAACAGAGUGAGAAGAACAUAGCAAGUCCACCAGUUUAUCCCUCUCUUGCAGAGUAUGGGCAGAGUAAAGACAACCAACAGAGUGACAGGAACAUAAAAGUCCACUGGUUUUUCCCUCUCUUGCAGAGCUGA